GAGCUACAGGAAAAUGGAUGGGGGGACGGAGAGGCUCAGGAGUAAGUGAAAUUUAACUCAGCAGCCACAUCAAGGGCAGCUGCCUGCAAGAGGAGAGCGCCUCGGCCUGCAGAGAUUCCAGCACACAAAGGGUUAACUAACCCCAGUUUCCUGCAUUGCUGCUUCUGUAGCAGUUGGUGAAACUUUCUUGGAAAUCAGACAGUGAGGAAGCAGCGGAGGGGAGGGUUUCAGCAUUCUCAGCACAGCUGCUGGCAGAGACACAGGAAGCAGCCACUGAUCUGUGCAUGGUGACCUCCAGCCUUGUCCUGCUGGGAUCUGAGGGUGCUUCCCAGCAUCUCAGUUGUAGAGGGAGUUUCUUCUUCCCCACCUGGGCAGAAGCGACUGUGAUGGACAACAGCAUGGACUUCCAAACCGAGGCGCGCCCGGAGCCUGGCUUUGGCAGCCACAGCCUUCCCGAGGAGCUCCUGGAGCCUCCAGCCAUGGACCUGGAGGAAAGGGCCUCGCCAAGACUGGCCAUGCCAACAGCCUGUGAACAAAGCCUGCACGGCCUGCAGCAGCCUGGAUCCCCCUUCAGUGCCCUGCACUCCAGCCUUAACCCCUCUGCUGCUGAGGCUGAACUGUCUCUCAGUGCAGCCAUCGCAGAGCCGACUGUCCCCAAAAGCACUCUGGGGGACCUGCAGAACCCCAGCUCCCCAGCUGCUCUGGACCUAGCCCUCCAAGCAGCCAGGGAAGCAUGUGACGAAGCUUGCAGGGCCCUGGGAGUGGGGAUGGAAGGCUGUGAGGACGCUGCAGUACCUGGGAGCGAUGCUGACUGGAAAGGGAACCCAGAGGGAGCCCACCGGGGUGUGAGUUGUCCCAGAGUCCUGGCUAGCACGGAGCAGAGUGACCUGGUUUGCAUGGACCUGGAUGAGGAGCCUGAGGCCCACCUGAGAGGGGAGGAGUGGGCUGAGAGCUUGGAGGAGGACGACCAGUCGGAGAUCCAGGGCCUCCUCGCCCAGCUCCAGACCCUUAGCCCCAGCUUCCACGACGACUCGCCUGGCUCGGAGGACGACCCACUGCUGGCAUCGGACUGUGGCGCAGGCCCUUUUAGGGGAGACGCGGCGCUUCCCCACAAACGGGCCUUUGGCUGCUGCCGGGGCCUGCCGGGCGAGUGCCCUCCCUGCCUUCUGCACGUCGCCAUGGGGAGAGGCCUGGCAAUGCCAUCCUGCCACGCUCAGCCCUCUGCCUGCUCCCAGAGGAGCCGGGAAAGCCAUGGCCUGCUCUUUGCAGAGGCUGACCGGGAGGACUUGCUAAGCCUCCUGCACCACGAGGGGGGGCUCCCAGCGGAAGCCAGUGAGGAGACCCCCCUCGCCAGGUUAGAUGUCCUGGCUGGGAGCGAUGGGGAGGUCCUGCAGAGCCAGGAGAGCCCGGCGGCCCAGCAGGCGGAGGAGGCCGCUUCGCAGCCAGGCACCUCGCAGGCAGAAGGCUCCGGCCGGUGGUAUCGGAGAGGGGGAGCCCAUGAGAGAGACUCUGCCUGUGUGUCCCCGGGCAGUCAGGACAGCUCCCCAGAGCCCGUAUGGGUGGCCAUGUCCCCUCCCCCCAGCCAGGGCCUGGAGCAGCCCACCCCCAGGAGCACGGCUGUUAAAGAAUCCCAGGCAGCCUAUCCGGCCUUCAAAGAGGUGGCAGGCCCCUGUGAGCCGGAGGAUCUCCUGGACGGAGUGAUCUUCGGAGCAAAGUAUCUGGGCUCCACACAGCUGGUCUCGGAGAGGAACCCCCCCACCAGCGUCCGCAUGGCGCAGGCCCAGGAGGCCGUGGACAGGAUAAAGGCACCGGACGGGGAGUCCCAGCCCAUGACCGAGGUGGAUCUGUUUGUCUCCACCCAAAGGAUCAAGGUCCUGACGGCUGACUCGCAGGAGGCCAUGAUGGACCAUCCGCUCCAGACCAUCUCCUACAUCGCGGACAUCGGCAGCAUCAUUGUGCUGAUGGCGCGCAGGAAGCUGCCGCGGAGGGCGGACGCCUCAGGGGAGAAGAGGCUCUACAAGAUGAUCUGCCACGUCUUCCAUUCUGCUGACGCUCAGCUGAUUGCCCAGGCCAUCGGGCAGGCCUUCAGCGUGGCUUACCAGCAGUUGCUGCAGGCCAGCGGCAUCGACCCGAGCCAGCUGUCCCCCAGCCAGGACAGCCACGCCCUGGAGAGCCAGGAGCUGCACAACGGGGACCUGGCCCACUUCUCCAAGCAGGAGAACUGCAAGGAGGUCUGCAUCCACAAGCAGAAGGGGGAGAUCCUGGGCGUCGCUGUGGUGGAGUCGGGCUGGGGCUCCAUCCUGCCCACUGUGGUCGUCGCAAACCUCAUGCAUGGGGGCCCCGCGGAGAAGUGCGGGGAGCUGAGCAUCGGGGACCGGCUCAUGUCCGUCAACGGGACGAGCCUGGUGGGGCUGCCCCUCAGCACCUGCCAGAGCAUCAUCCGGGACCUGAAAUCGCAGAGCGAGGUGACGCUGAGCAUUGUGCACUGCCCGCCCGUCACCACAGCGAUCGUCCGCCGACCCGACUCCAAGUACCCACUGGGCUUCUGCGUGGAGGAUGGCAUUAUCUGCAGCCUGAUGCGAGGGGGGAUAGCGGAGAGAGGUGGCAUCCGCGUGGGCCAUCGCAUCAUCGAGAUCAAUGGGCAGAGCGUGGUGGCCACGCCGCACGAGAAGAUCAUCCAGAUCCUCACGCAGGCCGUCAGCGAGGUCCAUAUCAAGACUAUGCCGGCCUCCACCUACCGGUUACUGACAGGCCAGGAGCAGCCCAUCUUCCUCUGAAGGGCGGAGUUUGCAUUUACCAGUCGGUGGAUCUGCAUAUGCUCCAGCUGACUGGCUUUGAGGCCCUGACCUGGGGCAGCAGCUGCGUCUCCAGUUCCCCUGGGGCCUGCUGGGGACCAGAUCCUGCCGCUUUUCUUGUUUCAUGCAGGGACCCACAAGGCAACCCCCCUUUGGCCUUUUCUGGACGUGCUGUGCCUGGCCUCACCACACGAGGGGGCUUAGAGCCAGGGACCCAAACUCCUUGGCUCCUCUCCUGGGCCUCAGCUCACUCACCUGUUCCCCUGCCGGAGUCGCUGGGUGGCACCGCACAGUGUGGAUCAGGGGCCUCAUUGAUGGGGUGGCCCCUGGAGACCACUAGUGCAUCAAAGGGAGCCCUGUGCCCCUCCUCGCUGCCUGCCGGUGGGUGAUCCCACCUUGUGUCUGCUGAAUCCCGGCUGAGUCUGCCACACUGAGCGAGGGCGGCUGGCCUGGCCACGGCUGCUCCCUCUCUCGUCCUGCCAUCAGCCGGAGAGGGCCCAUCAAACCGCCCGCGAGUCCAAGUGUAACACCAGCUCCGGCUGAGGGGAGGGUGCUGCCCAGAUGGACAAGGCCCCUCUUGGACCUGCUGGGAUGUGGGGAAACUCCCUCUGCUUCCCAGUUCUGCCUUGUUAAUGCUGUUUGUAACGCCCCCUCCUGCAGCGCCUGGGCCUAUGGCUGGACCUGCAGCCCCUGGCAUGAGAGCCAGGUUUGUGCUUGCAAACUGGCCUCUGGACAGUGCCUGCCAGCUGGUCGCAGGGCUGGGGAGGGGGUCAGCUGCACCCUCGUUCUGCAGAAAGUAGAGACCUGGCUUGGGCCUAGCGCUGGGCGUGGGGGAACAUCGGGCUGGAGCAGGCAGCAGAGGCCUGGCCAGCCACGGUGCGUUGGGUGGGGGAGCACAGGAGAAAGGGGCUCUCUGCAAUCCUGCCUGGCUGCUGGAGCCUCUGCCCUGGGCCGUUCCUGUGGGCAGGGCUGGUGUGUUGGGCUAGCCCUGCAGAAGGCUGCUUGUACGAAGUUAAUUGCAGUGGUGGUCCCAGCAUGAGACACAAAGUGGGGGAGGUUGAACCCAGAGAAGUUAGUCCAGCAACUGGUCUUCUCACCCCCUCUUGUGUUUCCUGGACUAAGUCAGAGCCCCUGGCGCUCCCUCGGCUGUUAACCGGUGCUGCUGGCUAAUGUAAGAAUAAAGGCUGUUUGUGAUGUG